AUGUCCCAUCCUGUCAUCAUCGUCACUGGCGCCUCUAGAGGUAUUGGCGCUGCGGUUGUUGAAACACUCUUGACAUCCAAGGAAGCCCCCAGAGUUGUGGGCGUCUCACGCACAGAAGCCGGUCUUAAGGCCAUCGAGGAAAAGUACCCCGGCAGAUUCGUCUACGUGACUGGCGACGUUGCUGAUGAAGCCACGAGCGAUGCUGUCGUCCGCAAAGCUAUCGACACAUUUGGCCAUAUUCACGGCAUUGUCUUCAAUGCUGGUGUUCUUGAGCCUGUGGCUCAGGUCGCCAAUGCUGAUAUUUCCAAGUGGCGCCAGCUUUACGAAAUCAACUUGUUUGCACCUCUUACCCUUGCAAGCAAAGCCAUCCCCUACCUGCGCACAACUUUUGGUCGCCUCAUCUUUGUAUCCUCGGGCGCUUCCAAGAGCAACUAUUCUGGCUGGGCAGCCUACGGAUCUUCCAAAGCUGCGCUCAACCACCUUGCUGCCUCGAUUGCAGCCGAGGAAAACUCCUUGUUCACUGUGGCUAUUGCGCCGGGCGUUGUAGAUACAAGAAUGCAAGACGAUAUUCGCAGCAAAUUUGCUAACGGCAUGUCUUCACAGCAACUCGAGCGCUUCACAAACCUCAAGAAAAAUGGCGAGCUAUUGCACCCGGGUGUUCCCGGUGAGAUUCUGGCUAAUCUUGCACUGCGCGGUCAAGGCGAUGACCUCAACGGCAAGUAUUUGCGCUAUAACGACGCAGCCCUUGAUGGGUACAAGAACUAG